AUGGCUCCAUCAGCGAUCGAUACUCGAGAGGAACAAAAGAGAUCCGCUACCAGCGCACGAGUUCGUACCAACGGUAUUACAAAGAACACAGCAACCAAGCCAAAGAUGAAUGAAACUGCAGAAGAUUUAGUCAAGACAAUGGAAGGAUUGACAGUAGAGAGGACCGUCGACUCUCCAACAACAGAAACCACGAAUACCAAGGUCGAAUUAAAGGACACAGACAUGAAUGAAAUUUACAAUGAUGUAUUCUCCAACCUUCGCGGUCAUUUUCAGAAACCAGAUACCGUCAAGUCUGACGUCGCCGAGUCUGAUAUUACAACAACUGUUGUUGAGAAUAAACUCCCCAAAAAGAAAAUCAUUGAUGAGGAUGAAGAGGAAGCAUACAACAUGAUCAAAGCCCAUUUUCGUUCCAUGAGCUCGGGAGGAAAGAGGGGGGCCGCCAAUAAAUGGGGUUUUUUAAUCUGA